AUGUGGAACCAAGCCCGAAGACUCCCCAAACAAACCACAGCUUUAUUGCCACCGACUCAGACAUCCGCGGAGGGAGCCCGACAUCACAGCAGGGGGAGCCAGACUCUACGCCCUCCUGAAAAAGAUGACAGCACCGGAGUGGAGCCUGUCGUCGCGGUGGGCCGUGCUGGUGGGGACUCCUGCUAUGUCCCUGUCGAGGUGGAGGGGGUGCCCUGCGAUGCACUGGUGGACACAGGCUCUACAAUAACCCUGGUGAGAGCAGAGGUGUUGCCCAGUGGGACUAUGUUCGAGCCAACAGCGGUGCGUCUGCGCACAGUCACCGGAGAGUUGGCGGCUAUGAAAGGAAGAGGAGUGCUGUCUGUGUCGGUGGGGGGAGUGGAAGUGCGGCACCCCGUGUGGAUAGCGGAUGUACAGGACCUGUGCAUUCUGGGUUUGGACUUUCUGAAGGCGACGGGCUGCCUCCUGGAUCUUCAAGCCGGACAAUUCCCCACCUGUCACCCCCGGGCUGCGCCACCCGAGCACAGCCCCCCCCCAAGUACCCCAGACGGAGGUAGAAGAGGCUCGGUCUGCAGUAUUGGAGGUGUGGAGGAAGAACUGUGGCGGCCUGAAUCCCGAGCAGCAGGAGCAAUUGGGGCAGCUCCUGCUAGAGUUCCAGAGCAGUUUCGCCAUGAAGGAGGAGGAGGUGGGCCGAACACAUCUGGUGGAACACGAGAUCGAUACGGGGGACUCGCGGCCCAUCAGGUGUCGCCCGCGGCGACUCCCCCUGGCUCGUCAGCAGGCUUGCGACGAGGCAGUGCAGAGCAUGCUGCAGGCAGACAUCAUCGAGCCCUCAGACAGACGGUAGUCAUGGUCCCGAAGAAGACAGGGGGCUGGCGGCUAUGCUCAGACUACAGACCGGUGAACGGGGUCACCAAGAAGGAUUCAUACCCCCUUCCCCGCAUCGAUGAGUCCCUGGACCUGGUCGCAGGGUCGUCGUGGUUCUCUUCCUUGGACCUCCGCAGCGGGUAUUACCAAGUCCCUCUUGCCCCGGAGGCCAGACCAAAAACGGCUUUCUGCACCGGCCGAGGACUAUGGCAGUUCAAGGUCCUCAGUUUUGGGCUGUGUAAUGCCCCGGCCACCUUCGUGCGGUUGAUGGACAGGGUGCUGUCUGGGAUUCCCCGCCAACAGUGUUUGGUUUACCUGGACGAUAUCCUGGUGCAUGGCAGCUCGUUUGAGGCGGCCCUAGGAUCGCUAAAAGUGGUGCUGGAGAGGAUCAGAGCCGCUGGGUUGAAGCUACAUCCAGAUAAGUGCCAUUUCCUACAGAGAGAGGUCACCUUCCUGGGCCACAAAGUGGGGGGGGAGGGCAUCGGCACCCUGCACGAGAAAGUGCAGGCGGUCACAGGCUGGCCAAAUCCUCGCAACCAGAAACAGCUGAAGAGUUUCCUGGGCCUGGCCUCGUACUACAGGAAGUUUUUACGGGGUUUUGCCUGCAUUGCCGCACCCCUGUUCCAGCUGCUGCAGAAGGACAGGGAGUUCCUGUGGUCUGAACAAUGUCAAGCAGCGUUUGACGGCCUUCGGCGUGCCCUGAGCGAAGCCCCGGUUCUCGUCCCAGCCAACCCCCGGCUGCCGUUCACCCUGGACACCGACGCUAGCGGCGUUGGGGUAGGCUGAGUGCUAUCCCAGACUACACCAGAGGGGGAGCGGGUGGUGGCAUACUUCAGCCGGGCGUUCAACAAAGCGGAGCAUCUGCCCCUGGUGCUCAUGGCAUGUCGGUCUUCAGUCCAGGAGUCAUCAGCCUGUUCGCCGGCCCUCCUCAUGCUGGGGAGAGAGCUUCGAACCCCUGCAGUGUUGGCGUUUGGUCGGCCACCAGAUUCCCUGGACACGCCUCCUGGUCCUGAGUACGCAAGGAGGCUGCAGGACCGGCUUGAGUCCGCUCAUGCCUUUGCCCGCGAGCAGCAGA